CGCCCUGCUCCCGUCCCAUUGAACCUUUAAUUGACUUCAACCCGGUUGUUCCACACAUACACGAACGAAAAAUAUAGAGAGUUUUCUGUGUUUGUGGAAUCAAAAUUUGGUACACAAUGGAGCAGCAAGUAGCCAGGCUCGUAGAAAAGGCAUGGGACAAGUUCCAGAAGACGCCUGAGGGGAAACGCCUUUUGAUAGGAAUAUCCGGCAUCCCAGGCUCAGGCAAAACAACCCUCUCCCAAAUAGUGACAAACCGCCUCAACGCCCGCGCCUCAACCCUCGACCCCUCAAACCCAACCCGCACAUCCCACCCGCCAGCAGCCUUCGUGCCCAUGGACGGCUACCACCUCACCCGCGCCCAACUCUCCGCCAUGCCCGACCCGGAAACAGCCCAUGCCCGCCGCGGCGCAGCCUUCACCUUUGACGGCCCGGCCUUCCACAAGCUCGUCACGUCCCUCCGAGAACCUUUGAAGGCCGACUCCUCGCCGAUAUACGCCCCGAGCUUUGACCACGCCGUCAAAGACCCCAAGGAGAACGAUAUUGCUAUCCAGCCGUACCACCGCAUCGUCGUGUUCGAGGGGAACUACCUUACGCUCGACAAGCCGCCGUGGAGCGACGCCGCGAAGCUCAUGGAUGAGCUUUGGUUCGUGGACGUGGAUUUUGAGGUGGCGAGGAAGCGCUUGAUAGGGAGACAUGUCAAGGCAGGUAUUGCCAAGAAUGAGGAGGAAGCUGAUAAGAGGGCAAGGGAGAACGAUCUGGUGAAUGGGAAGGAGAUUGUCGACUUCCGCCUAAAGGUCGACGAGGUUGUUCUUAGUCGAGAAGAUGACGAGUGGAUUCACGAAUGAAAAAGUUGCGGUAAUUUGUUCAGUCAAGGCUAAGGGGGUCUUUAUUACUCGCUGUCGACCCUCUAUCGUGCCGGAACUAUGUUAAGGUCCUGUUCUGUUCCCUUCCCAUCAUGUAUUAACCGACACUUCUGCUCAACCAAUUUGAUGGAUAUCGAUGGAGACUUGCAUCCUUAACGUCACUUGAGAUCACAUCCUCGUGGCCUUGUCUAAACCCAACUGCCAUAUGCAACGCUGAGAACUAUUCUCCC